AUGUUUCGAGUAGGCUCAUGGCUCUAUGGCAAAAAGCCCGCCUCCACCCAGUCUCUGGACUCUCUGUCCGAGCUGCGGGAUCUCGAGGAUGCUAUGAGGGCCGCGACUCUGAUCCUCAACGAUGACGUCGAUGGGGCGGAAGAUGGCCUGUCCGAGGGGGUCUCCUCGUUCCACAAUCUUGGCCGAGGUGUUGUGGCGUUCAUCCGGGCCACGCUGGGGUUUGAGCAAGAAAUCAUGCGUCAGGCCUCGGAGCGGCUCAAUGCUGCCGAGACCAGCGCCGCCAAUGACCAGCAUCGCGCGCAGCACAACUCGCACGCUCCCAACUCAUACCACUCGCAGAUCUAUGCCCCUGGCACUGAGUUUGCCCUCUGCCAGGCCAUGGCACAGCUCAUGAGCGCUGUCGUCGGCGUGCUGAACGAGAGCCUGACUGAGAGUAUCAAGGGGUUCUACAAGCUGAGAAAGGCCUAUAUCACCCUGGACGCCAUCCUGAAAAUGGAGCAGAAGUUCAUCCUGCAGGCCCAGGCCUCGGGGAACAGCACCUCCUCCGAGAGUUUGACCCGGGCGGCAGCACCCCGAUCUGUCCCGGCCUCUCCCACCAAAGUCACCGGCAGCCUAGCCAAAGAGCUGUCCGACCUGUCGAUUGCCACGGAAUCCGAGGCAUCCGACAUGCUCCGGCACGACCCCGAGUCGGACAUCUUCCAGAACCAGAUUGACGUGUUCAUUCACUCCGGGGCCAAUUUCUGCUUCGGGAUCCUGCUGCUCCUGAUCUCCAUGGUGCCGCCAGCCUUCAGCAAGCUGCUGGGCAUCAUCGGCUUCCACGGGGACAAGGAGCGCGGGCUGCGCAUGCUGUGGCAGGCGAGCAAGUUCCACAACCUGAUCGGGGCGCUCUCGGCGUUUGCCAUUUUGGGGUACUCCAACGGCUUUGUGCGCUACUGCGACAUCAUGACCGACCCGGUCCCGGGCGACGACGUGCAAGGAUACCCGCAAGAACGGCUCGAGGCGCUACUGGCGUUGAUGCGGAAGCGUUUCCCCAAGAGCCAGCUGUGGCUGCUGGAGGAGUCGCGGAUGAACGGGGCGAACAAGAAACUGGACGUGGCGCUGGAGCUGCUGUGCGGGGAAGACCGCAGUCCGCUCAAGCAGGUUGAGGCCCUGCGCGUGUUCGAGCGGAGCCUGAACGCCAUGUACCUGCACAAGUACGAGCUCUGCGCGGAGUCUUUCAUCGAGUGCGUUGACCUGAACUCAUGGUCGCGAUCCCUCUACUACUACAUCGCGGGAUCCUCCCAUCUCAGCCUGUAUCGCAGCGUCGCCAAAACCGACCCCAAGGCGGCGGCAGAACAUGCAGAGAAGGCGACGGAAUACCUGCGGAUGGCGCCGCCGCUGGCCGGGAAGAAAAAGUUCAUGGCGCGGCAGCUGCCGUUCGACGUGUUCGUGUCACGCAAGAUAGCCAAGUGGGAGGCGCGGGCGAAGGAGUGGAAGGUGCCACUGGUGGAGGCGGUCGGGGUGGACCCGAUCGAGGAGAUGAUCUUCUUCUGGAACGGACACAGCCGGAUGACUCAGGCGCAGCUGGAAGAGUCCAUGGCCAAGCUGGCGUGGUCGGAGAGUGAGGCCAACACGACGUGGGCGCGGGAAGGGCGCGAGGAGAAGGCGAUCCUGCAGAUUCUGCGGGCGGCAGUUCUGCGCGCGAUGCGGCGGCACGAGGAGGCCAAGGCGAUGAUCCGCACCAGCAUCUUCAGCCAGGACAAGGCGCAAUUCACGGGCCACCUCAAGGACGACUGGAUCUACCCGGUGGCACACUUCGAGAUGGCGGCCAACCUGUGGAUGGAGCGGGCGACGUACUGCGCGGUGCACGGGAAGGUGUCCUCAUCACCAAGCAUUUUCGAGACACCCGACAAAACAGACAAAAACCAGACACCCGAGACGCUGGAACGGCGGCAGGUGCGCGAAUGCAAAGAGCACCUGGAGAAGGCGGCCAAGUGGGAGAGCUACGAGCUAGACGCGCGGGUUGGGCUGAAGGUGACGGCCGCGCUGGAGGCUGUGGAGAAGUGGGAAGCGACGCACGCGGACGAGUAA